AACAUACCUGGCAAAGCAUUUCUAGAGGAAGACCGAAGUCUGUACACUCUCGGUCGUACCAUUUCGAUUUAGUAAACACACGGUUAAUGUUAUUUGCUGAUGUAAGUAGUGCAUCACUGUGCGGAGUAAUUUCAAUUCCUGCUUGAUAUAUCGACGUUACCUUCAUACUAAUUCCAUUUUUCACUUAGCUGAAUAGGGUUUCCUGCUGCUUACUUAUUCAUCAGCUCCGUAAUGUACUUUUUGACUGUUAAACUUUCUUCACACACCAUACACAACAAAGGCAGGAGACCUGGAAACAGACGAAUUUCUACAUGACAGUUUCCAAUUAAGUCAGUGUCGUACCACAGUUUCCUGCCGUUCCCUUAUAGGAACCUCGGAAUUAAGAUGUCAACACAGCUAGUCAGUCGCGCAUGGAUUAUGAGACUUGUGGAACAUUUUUGAUGCUUUGCUGAAUAAACUGAAUGUGUAGCUAAUCACUUUACGCAUGAAAUGAGUGUAUUUGAACGACUUCAGCAGAGACUAGCUAGAGGUUCCACUACAGUACGACCUCAGGAUACUGCACAAAUUUGUCACAAAAAUAGUUCAGCUAAUUCAGAUCAACUACCUCCUAUGAAUUAUGUAAUUAAGGUGGUUGAGGAUCGUCCAACUCAUCAGACAACAGAAACAAUGAAUAAUCUUCCUCCAUCUUAUAAGCAUCCACGAACUUGGGGUUCCCACUCCCACUCUAGUCGUAUAUUACCUAAUAUGUCCAAUAGUUGCUCGAUUCCAUCUCUACCAACAACUGACACCAGUGUUUUCAAAGACAAUGUGACUCCGGAUCUGGAAGUAGGGAUUUCUAAAUCUCACUUCAGUCGUAGUCAAGAUUUUUUAAAUGUUCCCAAUACUAGUAGUGUUACUUUAAAUCAGCAACCUCGUACAAAACGUGCAAAAACUCCUUUGAGUUCUUUUUAUCGUGUAAGCAGUGACGAUGAUGAUGAUGGUGACGAAGAAGAGGACGUCGAUGAUGAUGCUGAUGUCGGUAAUAAUAAUGUAGAUAACCUCGACCAGUGUGAUGAAAUAAAUAUUAGGCGGUCUGCAGCAUUUGAACGAAAAUCACAGCGUGUUCGUCGUAGUAUUGAUCGUGCAAAGGCAGCUUUACCUGCAGAUUUUGCAGACCGUAUUGAGAUCUCAGAUUCUGUUACUGAUUUACCUAAUCAAGAAUUGUCCAGUGAGACACAUUUUCGAAAACAUCGUCGAAGUGUCAGUAAUCUUGGAAAUGAUUUGAAUGGUCCCUUGGAUACACAUGAUCCAAGUUCUGAAGAAAAUAUAUCAGACCCUCGCAACAGUGAGAAUGAACAUUAUGAAACUCAAGAAACUUUGAAGUCAAUUGAAAAUAUUACUGAAUUAUCUGCAAAAGAAGAAAAACCUUGUGAAAUUGAUGAUACAUGCAAUGUGAAGUCAACUGAUAAUUCUGAAUUAACAAGUCCACAUGAAGAACAAAGUGAUAAUACAACUGCUGCUACACCCAGCGAUCAUUUACCAAAAUGUGGAGAGUCACUUGAAUCUAGUUUGCUAACCGGCAUCCACUGGCAUCCAGGUCCACCUCAGCCAUUAUCUGAACUGAUGUCUGAUUUUCGUUCAGGUAGUUCUGGAAAAACCUAUUUAAUAAAGGCUAUUUGUAAGCGUGCAGGUUGUCGUUGUGCGUUAAGGAAUUAUGAUAGUCUUAUGUUAUAUCCUGUCCCAGAUUCAACUCUUGCUUCCGCGACUUGGGAAACUUGGACAGCGAAGGACAAAGACCCACGUUUCCCUGCAACCGUCUGUGAAGUACAAUCUAAGUUGAUUCUCUUUCGUCAAUGUCGUGGAUGGUAUGAAGUUUUGAAUGAAAAUUAUCAACCAACUCCACACAUUACAACAAUUGAACAAGUAAGGCGAACUAGGUCUUCAACUUUUAUUGUCCGUCAAGAUAUGCGUUGUUUAGUAGCACCUCCUACCUUAGUAAUUCCUUCUUCAAGUGAAACACAAGGAGCAAAUGAUGAUCCUUCACCACUUUCUUUACCGCCAAACCUGGUCUCUUUGGCAUGCUCACCAGAAACACUAGCUUACUCAAAGCCGGAUAUUAUUCGUGCUGGGACACUUCUUCGCUAUAUCACGUACCUACCUGACUGUUCACUAAGACGUGGGAAGAAAAUAAAAGAAAUGGAACUAGUUUUGGCAACUGAGCGAUCCAACAGCACAAAACAAAUGGCAAUAACUUCCGAUCUACUCCCGGUUAAGCCUCCUUCACGUACUAUUUAUCUUGGUACAGAAGAUUCUACACCUGCUGUUUUUCCUCCUAAACUUUCGUUAAGUACUAUUGCUGGUCCAGAAAAUAUUUCUGGUGUACAUUUGUUAUCUGGAUUACUUCGUAAAUUCCGUUUACCCUUAUCAAUUAGACCAAUACCUUUACCGGAUUCUUAUAAUCAUUCCAUCAAUGGUCCACCAAUGAGUCGUCCAUCUCUUUUUAAUACUAGCCGUAAGGUUACUUCUGGUUUAGUUGCUGUCCAAUCUCUUAUGUUUACUGAGAAGCAUUUCCUAAGAUUACAUUCUAUUUACAGAGGCGAUAUUCUGAUUAUUGCUCCUGUCGCCUCACCAGAACGUUUAUUUUUGAUUACACCAUCAAUGUUACGUGACCACUCCUUUCAGAUUGGAUUCACUCAUGAUGCAAAUUAUGCUUUAUUAAUGGAAAACCAUCGUAUACAAGCAUGCAAUUUCCUAGCCAUUGCUCACGCACAUGAAACGUUAAAUUAUCUAGUUCGUCAUAUGCAAGAUGUGACACGUGAACCGCGUGACUCGUAUACAUCUCGUCAACAAGCUAAACAAAGGAGCGACUUACCACCUGCGCCGGAGUCGUAUAUGUCACAAGAUGAGAUAUGUAAGGCCUACGACGAGAUUGAUGAUAUCUACUUUUACAUUCGUCAUGGUUAUUAUCCAUCUAAAGUACGAAAACCAGAUGAUGUAACUUGUGAAUCUGAGUCUGCAUCCACUAAUACAGUGAAAGAUCAAAAGUAUUCAACUAGUUCAUCGCAUAUAUCCGAAGAUAAUCAGUUUAAAACAAAUUAUAAGGAAGAUUCUAAAGCAUCGCGUAUAGCAAUGUUAGGUGAUUCAGAUUUAUCUGCUCUGCAUACACCGGUGAACUCUAAAACACGACGUACUGCUUACAAACCACCAACUGUGGACGACGAUUAUUCAUUUGACAUGGAAAAAAUGCGUGAACUUCUGGAUCUUGUAGGUCGUCGUGCAUUCGGUGAACCGUCUGGUGAAUAUGGAGUAUGAUAGGGUAUUAUUUGGUAGUUAGGGACAGGAGUUUUUGAUCGACACUUUUUGCAGCUGUAUGCCUGCUCACUGCAUAUACAUCUUGUUAAAUCGAACUGUCCACAUUAUUGGAAGUCACUUACUACAAAAGGUGUUUCGAAUGGAAUGCACUGUAUUCCAUCCUUUCUUUGUUUUUACUAAAAUUAUAUUUAUUAACUUGGAUGUUAUUUUUCAAUACGAUACUUUUCCAUAAUCGCAUUAUUGCAUAAUCUAUUUUAUGUGUAAGACCAACUAACGUAUAUAAGAAAUUCUCCGUGUGUUGUGAUUCUAUCGAUUUGCAGUUCACUUCCUUUUCACACCCAAACAUAUCUGAUUCCUCCGUACAUAUCCUCUUUAGGAGUUAUUUGGAAUACUCUACUUCCUUUUGAAUAAUCAUUUCGAAGUUGAUUUGCCUGUAUACCGCCAUCUGGUUGGAUUUUGAUUGAUGCUAGAUGGCUAGACUUUACAACAAUGUACUGGUUUUUACUUCCCUAAUUUUUAGAUAGUUUUUACAUUUUGCUUUUAUUUAAAUGUCAUUUUGUCUUUUUUACAGACUGUUCAAUAAAAACAAUUGUUGAUUUUCGCUUGUUCCUGUGAAGGUUAAGGUUUCGUUGACACCUUAAACCUUGUACAUAAGUCGUCUCCUUUUUCAUAAUUAACUUUUAAUACUACUUAAUUCAUGGUGUUUUAGUGUUUCUUGUGUUCGUUCUUGUCUAUUCUUGUUUGUUUAUUUUCGUAUUUGGAAACUUUGAAUUCUUUGUUGGAGUUUUGUUCUUUUCUGUCUAGUGUUGUUGUGUUAUUGCACCAGACACUGGGAAGAAUCUUUUGUAUCUAUUUGCUUCCAUUUAUAAUAUUGAAUGUAAUUGAUUGAAUAAAUGAAGAGAUGCUGAAGUGCACACCAAUGUACGAUUUCUGUCACUUCUGAUCAAUAUUCGUUUAUGUGUUCCUAAUUCAGGGGAUGCUUUUAUCACUUCAGGGAUGAUUAAUUUACAGUGUGAUGUGUUAGUGUGUUACUUGUGUAUUUGUAUUUUUGCUCUUUUAUUUCUUCUGUCUCUUUCACAGUGGAAGGUUACGUUCUCCAUUUUGUGUUUGACUGGUCCAUUGCUGGUUUUUCAUACUGUGUGACAAAAUGAAGUAUAGGUGGAUGUGAGGAUUAUGACUCCACUGUUUGCAACCUAUGAAAGCAUGCAAACAAGGCUACUUAUGUGUUUAGAGGUUGGAGUUUCAAGUUUUUGAAAGUCAAUUAGAAAUGAUGUUUGUGUGCAGUUAAUGACCAUAAAUGAAAUAAUAACUAGGUACUGUUGGUCCGCAGAUUAGUGUGUCAGCGUUGUGCCAUCACAACUGUUCAUUGGGUUUCAGUUUCAUUUGACUCACUGGGCAAAUAGUAAGUCCAUAACAUGACUGCGAAAUAUUUUUUAAUACCUCAUCAACAAAUGCAUAGAAGUUGCUCAGUGUGUAUACAAGCAAAAAAUGUUGCUUGUUCACACUAUCGAUCAUUAAAAAUUGAGUUAUGUAUAUAGUCAUCAUUUUAUUCCGUUGUGCUCUAUCUCUCUGUUUAUCCCUUUCUGUGACAGUGUUAGAGAUAAAAAUGCAGCAUAUUUUUUGUAUUUCAUAGAAAAACCUUAGUGAUAAUAUUCUAUAUGUAUGUUGAAAUAUGUUACUGAGUUUUCGAAACAAUUUGAUGAAAUUUAUGAGUGGUUCGGG